GUUUAGAAGAUUAGAUAGAUUUGCGUAAACAUCCACGAUCUGAUCAUGUUGAAUGAAUUAAAAAUUUCGGUAUUUAAGAAACGAACUUUCCACCAGCAACGACUCAAAAUUGUACAUUUCCCCACUUUAUAACUAGUCCCUGGGUCGAUGCGUAAAUUGUACGAAAGUAAAAUUUGUCUAUUCGAUGUAAUCGAGUUGUUACUGCAUACCACUUAUCUACACGACGAGUAUCUAUAGUAUCUAAUUAUCUAUAGUAUCGAUUAUGCGAUAUUCAUUUUAUUCCAACGUAAAAUGGAGUAAAGCGUGCCGGUGUCCGGAAUAAAAAUGUAUCCAGCGACCUUAGGCGAACGCGGCGAAGAAGAAGCGAAUCCCCUCGGGGUUUACGAAGGCGAAAGGAACGACAGGGGCGAGAGACACGGAUAUGGAAAAGCUUUGCUUCCAAAUGGCGACGUGUACGUCGGUCGGUAUUGCAAGGGGUUGAGGCACGGCAAAGGGCUUUACGUGUUCAAAAUCGGUGCUCGAUACGACGGCGAAUGGAGACAGAGCUUCAAGUAUGGCCAAGGAACCUUUUGGUAUCCCGAUGGAACGCGAUACGAGGGAGAGUGGAGACGCGACACGAAAUAUGGUUUCGGCGUGUACUAUUACGCGAAUGGUGACAUCUACGAAGGUUCGUGGAAGAAGAAUUUUCGACACGGCAUGGGCUCUUAUCUCUACGCCGAUACGAACACCAAAUUCAUGGGUACAUGGAUCGUGGAUCGUAUGCAAGGACCCGGCCAAUUGAUCCAUCCUCGACAUCGCUUUCACGGAUUCUGGGAAUUAAAUUUACCUUAUGGUCGCGGAUGCUUCACUUUUGAAAAUGCUUGCAUGCAACACGGUCACUACGUUCAUGUCAAUGAUCCGGAAGUCGUCGAGACGACACAGGUGGAAACUAUCGAUGAGAGGCCAACGGAGGAGAAAAGUGAAGCACAACCACUGAAACCGUCACCUUUGAAGAAAGGAGUUAUUCCGUUAUGGCGCGCGCGUUGCAUUACGCCGUAUAAUCCUGAUCUGUUACCACCAGAGCCGGUUCCUUUACAGGAAGAGGUGUCACUGGACUCCAUAGUAGAUAAAUGUUCAGAAGAGUUGUCGGAAAGGGAACAAUACUUGAAAUAUCCAGGGGAGUAUCGCGGAGAAGAAGAGGAGUAUUACGAAGAGAUCGAUCAUGUUAGACCAUCCAUUGAAACAAUUCAAGAGAAAUAAAGCAGUAUAAAAUAA